AUCCCGUCCCUCGUAAACUCUCUCACAGGCCACAGUCUCCCGGUCUUCCCUCCAGGCCGCCUCGUCCGGGGACCAGAGCCGCGCCCCAUACUCUCACUCCGUCCCACCGCCAGCACCCACCCACCACCACGUCGUCCAGCGGCACGGGCGGCACCACCCCUUCCUCCUCAUAUCCUCCAUCUCCGCGCCUUGAGCAGCGGAGUCGUCGUCGUCGUCGUCGUCGCCGCCUCCUCCCUUCCUCUGGGUCUCCGCCUCUCGAGCAGCGAAAACCCAAGUGUUUUGUCCUUCACAUCUAUACAUGCAGAAUGCCUCGAGGGCGAGGCUCUUCUGUCACAACCCAUGAGAAACCCAAAGUUGAUGAAGCAGUCAGUACAAAUGAAGAUUAUGGCAGGCGCAGGAGGACACCUUUUUUAUUGCUGGGAUUGUUGAUGGUCUUCCUUCAUGGAUCCUGGUCUGUUUAUCGUUUUCAGUUUGCAAAUCUUCCUUUGCCCCUUGAUGCUGAACAGGCUGGCAAGCGUGGGUUCUCAGAGGCAUCUGCUCUGGAGCAUGUUAAGUACCUUGCAGCCUUGGGUCCUCAUCCAGUUGGUUCAGAUUCCAUCGAUCUUGCUGUUCAGUAUGUAUAUGCAGUAGCAGAUAAAAUAAAGAAGACAGCUCAUUGGGAUGUUGAUGUCCAACUGGAGCUGUUCCACACAGAUAUUGGUGCAAAUCGUAUGGCUGGUGGCCUUUUCAAUGGAAAAACUAUGCUGUAUUCAAACCUUAAGCAUGUGAUACUGAGAGUUGUUCCCAAGUAUUUACCAGAAGCCGAGGACAAUUUGAUUCUUGUUUCUUCUCAUAUCGAUACAGUUUCCACGACCGAAGGUGCUGGAGAUUGUAGUUCAUGUGUGGGAGUCAUGUUAGAGCUUGCACGAGGAGUGGCUCAGUGGGCUCAUGGGUUUAAGAGUGGUGUCCUGUUUCUAUUCAACACAGGGGAAGAAGAAGGUCUUGAUGGUGCCCAUAGUUUUAUAACUCAGCACCGCUGGAGAAAUUCAGUACGUUUUGCAAUCGAUUUGGAAGCUAUGGGUAUCAGCGGGAAAUCUACUCUCUUCCAGGGUACAGAUCAUUGGGCUCUGGAAAGCUUUGCUUCUGUAGCCAAAUAUCCAUCUGCUCAGAUAGCUUCACAGGACGUUUUUCAGUCUGGAGCAAUAAAAUCUGCUACUGAUUUUCAAAUAUAUCAGGAAGUUGGUGGUCUUCCUGGUCUUGAUUUUGCUUAUACAGAUAGGACAUCAGUCUAUCACACGAAGAAUGACAAAAUGAAGCAUCUGAAACCAGGAUCCCUUCAGCAUAUUGGAGAAAAUAUGCUUGCUUUCCUACUUCAUGCUGCCGCAUCACCAAAAUUUAUGAAAGAUGCAAUACAAGCAAAGCAAGAGGGUGCAGAGAAGACCAAAGCUGUUUUUUUCGACAUUCUGGGCAAGUACAUGGUAGUAUAUCCACAGCGACUUACAACCAUGUUUCACAACUCAAUAAUAUUUCAGUCCCUUCUUAUCUGGGGAACUUCAUUGCUUAUGGGUGGACGGCCUGGCCUUGUGUCCUUUGGAAUAUCAUGUUUGGGCAUUGUUCUUAUGUUAAUUUCUUCUGUUACCUUAUCAGUUGUGGUUGCAAUUGCUCUGCCACAUAUUUGUUCCUUUCCUGUGACAUUUGUUGCGCACCCAUGGUUAGUAGUUGGGUUAUUUGGUUCACCUGCACUACUUGGGGCAUUCAUCGGUCAACAUAUUGGAUUCAUUAUUUUGAAAAGGCAUCUUAAACAUGUAUAUUCUAUAACAAAGUCAGGACUAGCUCAUAACAUGCUGGAACAAAUUGUUAACCUGGAAGCUGAGAGGUGGAUUUUUAAAUCUGGUUUUGUACAAUGGCUAAUAGUUCUGAUACUGGGAACAUACUUGAAGGUUGGAUCAUCUUACAUAGCACUCAUCUGGCUUGUUUCGCCUGCUUUUGCAUACGGUCUUAUGGAAGCAACACUAUCUCCUGCUCGGUCACCUAAACAGCUCAAGGUUAUUACAUUGGUUCUGGCAUUGGCUGCACCAGUUGUCUCAUCUGCUGGUUUAGUUAUUCGCAUGGUUGAUGUUAUAAUUGGGAGUAUUGUACGCAUUGAUAGGAACCCUGGUGGCCUACCAGAUUGGCUUGGCAAUGUAGUAGUCUCUGUUGCCAUUGCUAUUGUCAUAUGUUUUACCUUUGUGUAUCUUCUUUCUUACGUUCAUAUAUCAGGUGCUAAAAGGACUCUUGGUUUUCUGUUAUGUAUAUUCUUUGGUCUUGCACUUGCACUGGUGUCAAGUGGCAUUCUCCCUGCAUUCACGGAGGAUAUUGCUCGGUCUGUAAAUGUUGUGCAUGUUGUUGACACUACAACGGUGAAUAGUGGUAAUACAGAACCAUCAUCAUAUGUUACUCUGUUCUCCAAUACACCUGGAAAGUUGACAAAGGAAUUAGUAGACCUUAGAGAUGAAGAAUUUUCUUGUGGGAGGAAUAGGGCUAUUGAUUUUGUUACAUUUACCAUGAAAUAUGGCUGUUUGAGUUACGAAGGGACCAAUACUGGAUGGAGCAAAUCAGAAGUGCCAGUGCUCAGUUUGAAAAGUGAUUCUGUUACCAAUGAUGCUCGACAAACAAUAAUAUCAGUUGAUACUAAGUCAUCUACGCGUUGGUCACUGGCAAUCAAUAAACAAGAAAUUGAUGACUUCACAGUUCAUGUGGAUUCGGAGAACUUGGUUCCACUGGGUAAUAAGAGCGAGAUCGAUGGGUGGCAUACAAUCCAGUUUGCUGGUGGUAAGGACUCACCAACAAAAUUUCAGCUAACCCUUUUCUGGGCAAGUAAUUCCAAGGAUGCAUUCCCAAAGCAAGUCGAAUCAGAAGAUCAUUCUUUCUUACUAAAACUAAGAACGGAUGUGAAUAGAGUUACACCGAAGGUUGGCAGGGUUCUCGAGAAGCUUCCAGGAUGGUGUGCACCCUUUGGCAAGUCUACUUCUCCUUAUACAUUGGCUUUCUUGACCGCUCUUCCUGUCAAUAUUUAGCCAUACUUAUUCUUUACCAGACUUAGGGUAUUCGUAGUGUUUACUUUUUCUAAUUUAGAUAUGCAUAUCCGAUCACACCACCACAUAGUUUACACUUAUAGCCAACAAAUGUACACGAAAAUUGCCAGCAACUUCCGUUUAACAGAAUCAUGUGAUAGGGGCCUCAAACAUACAGGAUAGCCACGGGUUCAAAUAUGUUUCUUACGAACGAGCAGUUUCAUAGUUUCAUGUGAAAAUGCUGAGAUGUAAUAAUGGCUGUAAUAAAGACUGAUGCUUUGAUUCCUCAAAAAAGGAUUGGUGGUUUUGUAUGUA